AUGCAUACUUUGAGGGAAAUUGGAUCACUCGAAACAAAUCCUGGAGGAAAUAACCAGGGCUUGCUGAAUGGGCAAGAUUGCUGUUAUGCGGAACCAUGGUUGACACCAUACUGCGCUGGUACAACUCCUAUGAAGCAAAUUGAAGCAUGUUUACAAAGUGCAGGCCGAGACCGUGUCUCCUACAGCCCUCUUGAACACGCCGAUUCCGCAUCGAUGAGAAUCACAGACUCACCACUUUCGGAAAAUCACGAAAAAAAUACCAACACCGAUCAACCCUUGCCGGUUCACGAAAAGCUCCAAAAUGUUGGCGCUGUUUUAGAAAUGAAAGCUUUGUGGGAUGAAUUUAACGAAUUGGGAACAGAAAUGAUUGUUACCAAAGCAGGACGUAGAAUGUUUCCAACAUUCCAAUGUCGAUUAUACGGUAUGGAUCCUCAAGUCGACUAUAUGUUAAUGAUGGAUUUUGUUCCUGUAGAUGAUAAGCGCUAUCGCUACGCCUUUCAUAGUUCGAGUUGGAUGGUGGCAGGUAAGGCGGAUCCAAUAUCACCUCCAAGAAUACAUUUGCAUCCAGAUUCACCAGCACCAGGAGCUCAAUGGAUGAAGCAAGUUGUUUCCUUCGAUAAAUUAAAAUUGACCAACAAUCAACUGGAUGAUAAUGGACAUAUAAUUCUGAAUUCAAUGCAUCGAUAUCAACCAAGAUUUCACGUGUUAUACAUGCCUCCACGAUCGAACAGAUCUGGUGUCUCCAACGAACCAAAAACUACAGAAAACUACAAAACAUUCGUAUUUCCAGAAACAUGUUUCACUGCAGUUACAGCAUACCAAAAUCAUAGGAUAACUCAAUUAAAAAUAGCAAGCAACCCAUUUGCAAAAGGUUUUCGAGAUUGUGAUUCAGAUGAGUGGUAA